UUGGGAACAGGAGAGGAGAGAGAGAGAGAGAGAGAGAGAGAGAGAGAGAGAGAGAGAGAGAGAGAGAGAGAGAGAGAGAGAGAGAGAGAGAGAGAGAGAGAGAGACAGAGGCACAUGAGCCCUCGAGUGAGGGAACAGGGAGUGCUGGCAUCACUCAUUCUGGCGUCACUCGUGCCGCGCAUAGCAGCCCAGUUAGGCGCCUUUGCCGCAGCGGGGUGCAACUUUGCCUACCUGGCAGCGAGGUGCAACUUUGCCUACCUGGCAGCGGGGUGGAACUUUGCCUACCUGGCAGCGGGGUGGAACUUUGCCUACCUGGCAGCGGGGUGCAACUUUGCCUACCUGGCAGCGGGGUGCAACUUUGCCUACCUGGCAGCGGGGUGCAACUUUGCCUACCUGGCAGCGGGGUGCAACUUUGCGUCCACGGCGGAGUGCAGCUUCGCCUACCUGCAACCCUCCUCACGCAGCUCAGAUGGUGUCUCUUUGCAUGCCCUCUCUCUUUGCCCUGGCGUUCCAGCUCGACCUACCCCAGGAAGCACCUGGCUGUACACACCACACCAGCCUGAGUGGAGGGGAGGGGCUGAACUGAAAGCUGGCAUUGCAAGUUAA